AUGCAGCCAGCACUACUGACUAUGGUGGAUUUAGCCUGCUUGAAGGACUGGGGUGAGGUGGAGAAGUACGCAACAAAUCAAAUUCCGAUUCAGCGUGGCUGGACGGUGGCGAAUUCUCGAGCCGGCCUUCGCUUCUUCCAGUUUGGCGAGGGGUCCGACAUCAAGACGACCAGCUGGUCCGUGCCGCUCGGAGGGCUCUUCACCAGCCUGGCUGCACCAACGACGCCGCCCGAGCCUGUGGACCUCGAGGGCCCGGCCCCGAUGACCCCGCCGCCGUGCAGCGGUGAGAGACGAGUGUCAUCACCUGCGGCGAAGGAACCUCCUUCGCCACCGCCCCGCCCGCCCAGGACUGACCGGGCCAGGGCACCAACGAUGGUCGACCCACACAUGCUGCUGGGGCUUCCCGCGGGCCCGCGCAAGCCCAGGCCGGCCCUUCUGAGAGUUCCCGCAGCUUUUCCGCACGUGAGCUCGCUUGGUCAGAGACACCCGGACUCCGGGAGCCGCCGCUGCCAGCAGCGGUACCAGCGAGAGAACGGAACGAAGGCCCCAAGCCGAUGA